CCUCCCCAACUUCAUUGUACACUUUGAUUUUUUAGUCUUCUCUUCUCUUCUCUUCUUCUAACCCCCAAAACUAAACCAUCCUCAAUUGUCCCAUUCACCUUGUAAGUUCAUAUUCUAUUUAUUAUAUAUAUAUAUAGUACGUACAUCUUCAACCUUCAAGUACAAUUUAUUAUUAUUUAAUCUUUAGUUUCCAUUCAUAUAUAUUCUCAUCAUCCAAAACAUGGAACCAUCAACCGACCAAGCUCCGAUCCCGCGUGCUCGACUCCAUCAACCGUGCGCAGCUUGUAGAAUGCUACGGCGGAGAUGCGACCGAAAUUGCCUGCUUUCGCCCUAUUUUCCCCCAGAAGAGAUCGAGAAUUUCGCCGGCGUUCACAAGGUUUUUGGCGCCAGCAACAUCAUCAAAAUGAUCCAGAUGGUGGAGGAGACGAAGAGAGAUGACACAGUAAAAUCCAUAGUGUACGAAGCGACAGCGAGAAUGAGAGACCCCGUUUAUGGGUGUGCUGGGACUAUUUUUCAUCUGCAAAAGAUGGUGAGCGAACUCAGGUCUCAACUGGAGACCACAACAGCUCAAGUCAUGGAUCUUCAAGAGGAAAGAGACAAGUUGUUGGGCCUUCUUAUGAAUAAUGCUCAAUAUUACGUUGACUUUGAUCCUUCUACUACUACUACUACGCAAUGGUUGGAUCCAGUUUUUGAUGGCUGCACUACUUCUUCUAUAUACGAUAGUUUUCCAUUCUAAUAUUAUAUAGUUUACUAUGAAAAUGUUUCAUUUAGUUUUUAUAUAGUUAUUAUAUGUAAUAAAAAAUUUAUGGGAUUUAUAGAUCGAUUAGGUUGUAUUGAAGGAUUAUGAUAAAAUAGUUCGGCAUAGAAUAUUCCGUAUUAUAUUAUAUAGAAAAUUAUAUAUACUCGUGGUAAGUUAAGUUGUGAUAUUUGACUAAUAAGAACAAGUGUUUGAAAA